CGGUUCACCUAAAAGAACUGGAAUGCACACCACUCGCAGGCAGGCCUACUCGAAAGUUAGUGGCCAAGAAACCGGAUAUGGCUUUUCGUCAUUCCUCCCUUCUGGCGGGGAAGCUUCAAAAAUCAAAUUGACAACAAAAGGGCAAAAAGGAUUAUUCUAAGGCCGUCUGGGUGCAUUGAAGACUUGAGUCGACACAUGCAAUCUCAAUCGAGCUUGCUUUUGCUUUCGUUUCGUCAAAUGGACCGACCGGCGAGGAAGACCAAGAACGUCAAUUACUUCGAGUCGAUGGACGUUGACUACGACGACGAAGACUUUGUAAGCGUGAAACCCCCACCCGGCAAGAAGCUCAAACAACAGGAGCACCACAACACAUCAAGCCAAAAGGCCACCCAGGAGAUCCACAAAAGCAGAAAAGCUCCAGACGAAAAGCUGCUGUCUCGGGAUCUGGAGGCGGCAAUUACGCUGUCUUUGCUAAAUAGCAGCAACACGGAAGGGAGGACAGAAGUGCCUCCUGCUGGUCAAGCUGAUGAGAACACAGACCCCGCUACCCUGCACCGAUCCAACUGCAGUGUGGACACGUCACUUUUGGGUUUGGAUGAAAUCUCCAAAGAGAAGCAAAGGAGAUGCCCACAGGAUGAUGACAACGACUAUGAGCCCAAACUGACGGCAGAUUCGGCGAGUGAGGAGGACCUCAGUGAGGACGAGGAGUUCACGGUGAAGAGCAAGCGCCAGAAAAAGGAACAGCGUGACCAGCGCAAGCCUCACAAGCGUCCCGACGGCGAAAGACGGCUGCCGAAGCUGAACGCGCAACCCAGAACAGCAUGCGCAGCACCCACGCCGAGAAGCCCCCCGAUGCUGAAACCCGCCGUGUCCAAACCGCCAGUCUCAGUCGGUCCGACGGGAGCCAGGAUUCCUAAAUGGAACCCACCAGGUCAAAUUGGAAAAAGUCUUCCUUCAUCCCAGAGUCCCACCGCAAGGUCUCCCGGUCAGGGUCUUCGCCUGGGACUGUCCCGACGUGUCCGAGUCAAGCCGCUGCACCCCAGCAGCGCCACCACCUGACCACAGAGGGAAUAAGUUUAAGCUCUAAAACGCAUGUAAAUAUUCGUUUGAAAUCAACAAAAUUGUUUUCUC